UCUAGUCUGUGGAAAUUCUGACUACAAAAUGUGACGGCGGGGCAGCGCCCACAAACAUCGUGCCUUGGCUUCAAAACUACCUUUCAGAAACCAAUGGGCGAUGGAGCGCUGUCUGCUUACAUGUUAUUACUGUACGUUUGACACCUUCACACCCCCAUCGAAAAAUCAACAAAGCGAUUAGAAGCAGCAGCUGUUACAGGAAAUCUGUGCAGACCUCACUCCAGCUGUGUGAGCUGUAAGUCAAGUGAGCAAGAUUUACCACCAUGGAUGCCACAUUUUACGGGACAAUAUACCUGGGUGAUUUGGGUGGUGAAGGGGAGCCGGAGAAUUACAGCUAUGAAAAUGGCUCAGGCUUCAUUCCAGUUGUGGAUGGUGUUGAUUACGUCUGUGGCCAUGAGACAGUGAGCAUGCGGAUAUUUCGCGAGGUGUUCCAUCCCCUGGUCUACAGCUUAGUCUUCUUCCUGGGCGUGGCAGGAAACGGACUGAUGAUGACGGUGCUCCUGCGUCGGGGACGUCUGCGCAUCACUGAGAUCUACCUACUUCACCUUGCCCUGGCUGACCUCCUGCUCCUUUUUACCAUUCCUUUUUCUAUAGUAGAGAACUUGGCAGAAUGGGUGUUUGGAGAAUUUCUCUGCAAGCUGGUGGGCCUACUGACUGACCUAAACCUGCUCUGUGGGAGUCUCCUUCUAGCUUGCAUUGGGUUUGACCGAUAUUUGGCUAUUGUUCACGCUAUUCCUGCCAUGCACAGUCGGCGUCCCAAAACAGUGCACCUAACGUGCAUGGUUCUGUGGCUGUUCUGUUUGGGCAUAUCAUUACCUAAUGUUGUGUUUCUUUCUGUGAAUGGAGAUCACCCAGGCCCACGCACCUGCUUCUUGCAUAAUUAUGGUAUCAAUGCACACAACUGGCUUUUGACCAGUCGCUUCUUCACUCAUGUGUUGUGCUUCUUUUUACCUCUGGCUGUCAUGAGCUACUGCUACACUGCAGUGAUAGUUACUCUGCGACACAGUCAGAAAGGCCAGGAGAAGCAGAGUGCCAUUCGACUAGCUUUGCUUGUCACACUUGUCUUUUGUCUCUGUUGGCUGCCAUAUAAUAUCACCAUAACAGUGGACACGAUGGGCUCUUUAAAGGUCAUCUCCAACCAAAGCUGUGAAGCUGCUGAACGACUGGACCAAGCCAUUGUGGUGACAAAGAGCCUGGGUGUUUCACAUUGCUGCCUGAACCCUUUCUUGUAUGCCUUUGUUGGGGUGCGGUUUCGCAAUGACCUAGUGCAGUUACUUUCCAAAUGGGGCUGUGGGCGUGUGUGCCUGCCUUUCAUCACAGCUCAGGGUCAUGCUCGGCCAUCAGUUUCUGAAGGAGUGACAACCACCAGCACCAUUUGAAGCAGUGACAAACUGCUGUACAAAGUCAAUUAAAACUAGCAUGUUUCUCAGCAAUAUCAUGUUACUUACUUAAUCAUGUACAAUGUAUACCACUGCUUCUUUGAUUGCACUUAAAAGAUGUUUUUUUUUUUUAUAUCCAAUG